GAGUGUGUGCGUGCGUGUGUGUGCGCUAAACUAAGCGGAGGUGAAGAAGAGGAGGAUGAAGCUGGGAGCGGAGGAUGGGAGGAAGAGUGGAGUAAGAGACAGGCUAGCUGUUUGUGAAUGAGUGAGGAAGACGAGAGGAAGGUCGUCGGAGGGACUGAAAACAAAGACUCGGUUUCUUUCUGGGAAUUAACCUCCGGAACGUUACUAGCGGAAACUUUCAACUUUUUACCCGCCACAGCUCGGUUGUUGUGCCCGGCCGGCUUUGUUUCACGGCGGGGGUGUAUGAUAAAUGAAGGAUUAAAAUAGACCACCAUCGACCUUUUUACCUACGCGGGGAAUGUCCUAAGAGCGAAUUUCCAAAAGGUUACGAGAGAAUGGCGGCUAACAUGUACCGAGUGGGAGACUAUGUGUACUUUGAGAACUCCUCCAGCAAUCCUUACUUGAUCCGCAGAAUAGAGGAACUCAACAAGACAGCCAAUGGGAAUGUGGAGGCGAAGGUGGUGUGUCUGUUCAGGAGGCGAGACAUCUCAGGCAACCUCAACACUCUGGCUGACAGCAAUGCAAGGGAAUUCGAGGAGGAGUCAAAGCAGCCACCACUGUCUGAACAACACAAACACCAGCUCAAACACAGAGAACUCUUCCUGUCGCGACAGUUCGAGUCUCUACCUGCUACUCAUAUACGGGGGAAAUGUAAUGUCACCCUCCUUAAUGAGACAGAUGUGUUGGCCGGCUACUUGGACAAAGAGGACUGUUUUUUCUACUCACUGGUUUUCGACCCAGUUCAGAAGACCCUGCUGGCAGACCAGGGCGAGAUUCGAGUGGGCUCCAAGUACCAAGCUGAGAUCCCUGACAAGCUUGCUGAGGGUGAGCAGCCUGGUGAAUCAGAUAGCCGGGUGCAGGAGAAGCUGGAGACCAAGGUGUGGGACCCCAAUAACCAGCUUAAAGACCCUCAGAUCGACCAGUUCCUGGUGGUAGCAAGAGCUGUGGGGACAUUUGCUCGAGCCCUGGACUGCAGCAGCUCCAUCCGCCAGCCCAGCCUCCACAUGAGUGCAGCAGCAGCCUCUAGAGACAUCACACUGUUCCACGCCAUGGACACGUUGCAGAAGAACAACUAUGAUCUCGCCAAAGCCAUGUCGACCCUGGUUCCUCAGGGGGGUCCAGUGCUGUGCCGUGACGAGAUGGAGGAGUGGAGUGCUUCGGAGGCCAUGCUGUUUGAAGAGGCCCUGGAGAAAUACGGCAAAGACUUUAACGACAUCCGCCAGGAUUUUCUGCCGUGGAAGUCUCUAGCCAGCGUGGUCCAGUUCUACUACAUGUGGAAAACUACUGACCGCUACAUCCAACAGAAACGACUAAAGGCAGCAGAAGCAGACAGCAAGCUGAAGCAGGUGUACAUCCCCACCUACACAAAACCCAACCCCAAUCAGAUCAUGGCGCCUGGCAGCAAACCUGGCAUGAACGGAGCAGCAGGCUUUCAGAAAGGACUUAGCUGCGAGAGCUGUCAUACGGCUCAGUCUCCUCAGUGGUAUGCAUGGGGGCCUCCUAACAUGCAGUGCAGGCUGUGUGCUUCAUGCUGGAUUUACUGGAAGAAGUAUGGGGGCCUUAAAACUCCCACACAGUUAGAGGGUGCUGCUCGAGCUGGCUCUGAGUCAGGCCCCCGCAGUCACAUGACUCGCCAAGAGGUUCAGGGCUUAUCACCAUUCACCCGCAACGAGGGUCGAGCCAAGCUCCUGGCCAAGAACCGCCAGACAUUCAUCCUGCAGACAACCAAGCUGACCCGCAUUGCUCGGCGGGUGUGUGAAGACAUUCUGCAGCCGCGCCGAGCCGCACGGCGGCCCUAUGCCUCCAUCAACGCCAAUGCUGUCAAGGCUGAGUGUAUGAUCAGGUUGCCCAAAGCCACAAAAACUCCUCAAAAAAGCAAGUUGGUGCCUCGACAGUCUCUGGCUAAUAUAGUAAAGGAUUUGGCCAUCUCUGCACCUUUGAAACUAAAGGCGUCUAGAGGACCUCCGACCCCCAUCAACAGGAACCAGGCCAGCCAACCUCGAGUGGGCCAAGGCCUGCUGGGAAAGAGAGGAUUUGAGAGUGCUGCCGGAGUUCCCUACCCAGCCAACGGGAGGCCGUACACUUCAGGUACGAGAACCACCUCCCAAACAGUUAUCAAGCGACAGAAGGUGAACCACGGGGAGGCACCCAACCCUGUGGUGUUUGUGGCUACGAAGGACACCAGGGCUCUGAGAAAACAUCUGACCCAGUCAGAAAUGCGUCGGGCUGCAAGAAAACCACACCUCCUUGUUCGGAUCAAGCUUCCACCUCCGCCUCGCUCUCUGGCUAUGCCUCUGCUCCCGUCUAGCACCAGUGAACCAAUCGUUCUGGAAGACUAGAAGGCAGGAAAAGGGGGGGGGGUCUUUUAACAGGACACAAGGGUUGGGAGGGAGUUGAAAGGGGUCUGUGCUUACAGGCAGCCCAGUGCGCCAUGCCAGUAAGAAUGGUGUACUGUGCUAGUGUCUUUUAUUUUUUGUCUUUUCAGUGUCAUUUUUCUUUAGUCCUUGGUUACUUCCCAAAAAUCUGUCCAACACACACACACACACACACACACACACACACACACACACACACACACACACACACACACACACACACACACACACAAAUGCAUUCAGCAUACACAAGCACUUAGAUGACUGUACAUUUCCAUCAUAUUAAACAAGCAGACACACCAAUACACAACACUCACACAACACCUGGGGCUUUGUAGUAUUUUUUCCAGGGUAUUUUGCUCCCUUUUUAAUGCCACCUGUUUUUAAAUGUGUAAUUUAAAUCAAGGUAUUUCUCAUCCUGAUACAAUGGUGAUAAAGCACACUUUGUUUUUCCUCCAUGUCACUAUCUCUGUGUAAAUAUAUGCAUCAUUUAACGGGUGACACCUACAGUAUGUGAGGAGAACUGUGUGGUGGGCUGAAGGUCUAAUUUAAACUGAUUUAACGAUGUCACUCAUACACUUCUUAGUCCAUUCCAGCAGGGAAAUUUGCCAGACCGUUAAUGCACACAGUUAUAGGUCUGAGAACAGUGUUUCAUCCAUCUACUGCCAUUUUUACUUUUCUCUUUCACAUAUCCUGACCGUAUUUUGUCAUUUUCCCCAAAGUUUUUCAUGAGCCAAAAUGUAGACUGUUGUUUGAAAAGGUUCAUAAAUCCAUACAAGCUAAAGCCUGUUGUCACCUCGACAUCUAACCUAUCCGGACUUCUAUCACUGUCAAAACUAUUAAGUGAGCACAAAACACUUAAAGCAGUGUGAAAGUCAAGGUUUGUGAAGGGUGUGAGACCUGUAUUCAGAGGUAUUAUGGAGGGUCAUCAGUGUUUCAGUUCUAUUCUGGCUAAAUAUAAUGCAAAAUGAGAGAUCUUCAACACAAGAAUACUGUGGAGGUAUGUGGGUUUUAAUUAAUUCAGAUCCAUUAUUUGUUAUCCUGUAUUAAAUUGUUAACUGUUCUGAUGUACCGCUCAAAAGGUGUCUGCUCACUUAAAAGUUUUAUAUGAACCUUAGGUACACUCUUCACACAGCAGUCUUUUUUGUAAAACUCUGAAUGAAGUAAGAAAUCCAGACGAGAACUCUGGCUCCUGUUCUGUAGAGCUCUUCCCAGGUUGGCUGAGUGGGCAGGGGAGGCUUGUCGCUGGGGAAGUGCAGGAGGAACCUAAGGAAUUGCACACGUUACUGUUUGAAUUGCCAAGUUGGGAGGAUGCCGAAGUCCAAAUUGAAGCCAUAACGUGUAAAGUAAAAAAAAAAGGUUGCUGUUCGUUGUGGGUGUUCACUUUUAAUUCUGAAGUCAUGUUACAUUAAAAUGACAGCAUUUCUACUGAUGUACUGUUUGGAUGGUUUGAAAUAAACUGACAGAAUAAUGUCAAAAUUAUUGAAUAUGUAAGUGUAUGGAAGACAACUGGGCCAAAAUAAGUUCUGACAAAGUUAAAACUGGUCAGAAUGGUUUGAAAAACUUCAUUCAUCAUAUGGCCUUAAUCCUCCUCCUCGUGUCUGCUGAUGCAGAACAGAAGUGAUGUUUGUGACUGGGUUUGCUGACUAUGUGAAAGGAUCUUUUACUUGUUUGAACUUGUGAUUUUCAUUUGCUUAGUUCAUUUUAGUUCCCCCGUUUCUACCAUAAUGAAAGUUGUUAAUUGGAUAAUUAUAAUCCCUGUGUAUCUCCACGGCAGUCGGGGGUUACACUGGUUUUAUAAGCACGUUUUGGUCCCAAUGUGGGCUUAAUAAUAAUUCUCAAAAAAAGAACUGUUGUUUGUAGCAAAUAAUAAUUGGUGUAAAGAAAAGCGGAAAACUUGCAUAUUGGAAUCUUUUUUACAUCAACAGUGUGUAAUGUUGCUCCAUUCUUAUGGAGAUGGCUCUAAAAGGCGACUGUACAUGUGAACGUUGCUCUCCUUCAUAGGGUGGGUGGGCUGGUCAUUUGAUCCAGGCGACAUUCAAAAGGGACAGGGUGCUGACUUUUGUAUGAUCGAGAGACAAACAUGCUACAAUUUAAACUUUUCUCAAGUGUUUUUUAUUCCAACGUCUCUGUAUCCUUUAAUGUAUCUUGAUAAGAAAAUAAAGAUUUUUUUCUUUGUGGUCAGUCA